UGCGGCUGUUUUUUUGGCUUUAGUGUUGCUGUUUCUCUGAGGGAAAUGGCGGCCCCUGAGCAGCCGCUGCCGCCCAUGUCGAGAGGAUGCCAGAGCUCCGCUUCUCUUUCUCCGCCGCGGGGCGACCGAACCCUUCUAGUGAGGCACCUGCCAGCCGAGCUGACCGCGGAGGAGAAAGAGGACUUGCUGAAGUAUUUUGGGGCACAGUCGGUGCGCGUCCUGUCCGAUAAGGGGCGACUGAAACAUACAGCUUUUGCUACUUUCCCUAAUGAAAAAGCAGCUGUAAAGGCAUUGACAAGACUCCAUCAACUGAAACUUUUAGGUCAUACGUUAGUUGUUGAAUUUGCAAAAGAACAAGAUCGAGUUCAUUCCCCAUGUCCCUCUUCAGGCACUGAAAAAAAGAAAAGGUCUGAUGAUCCUGUGGAAGAUGACAAAGAAAAGAAAGAACUUGGUUGUUUAACCAUAGAAAAUGGGAUUGCACCAAACCAUGGGCUGACUUUUCCUCUAAAUUCAUGCCUCAAGUAUAUGUACCCACCUCCUUCAAGCACAAUCCUGGCAAACAUAGUAAAUGCUUUGGCAAGUGUGCCUAAGUUCUAUGUACAGGUGCUUCAUCUUAUGAAUAAAAUGAAUUUGCCCACACCUUUUGGACCAGUUACUGCACGACCUCCCAUGUAUGAAGACUAUAUGCCAUUACAUGCACCUCUUCCACCUGCAUCUCCUCAGCCACCAGAGGAACCUCCUUUGCCAGAUGAGGAUGAGGAAUUAUCUAGUAAAGAAUCAGAAUAUGAAAGCAGUGAUGAUGAAGACCGGCAAAGAAUGACCAAACUAUUGGAACUAGCAAAUCUUCAGCCCAAAAGACCAAAGACAAUAAAGCAGCGCCAAGUGAGAAAAAAGCAAAAAAUAAGGGAUAUGUUGAAUAUACCUUCAUCUACUUCACACAGCAGUUUACAUCCAGUGCUGUUACCUUCGGAUGUAUUUGACCAACCACAGCCUGUAGGUAGUAAAAAAAUUGAAUUCCAUAUAUCUACCGACAUGGCAGCUGCAUUUAAGAAAGACUUAGAAAAGGAACAAAAUUGCGAAGAACAAAAUUGUGAUUUAUCCGCUACUGAAGUUGAUGCAUCCAAUAUAGGAUUUGGAAAAAUCUUCCCAAAACCUAAUUUGGACAUUGCAGAGGAGAUUAAAGACGACUCGGAUGAAAUGCCAUCAGAAUGUAUUUCUAGAAGGGAGUUGGAAAAGGGCAGAAUUUCUAGAGAAGAAAUGGAAACACUUCCAGUUUUUAGAAGUUAUGAGCCUGGUGAACCAAACUGUAGAAUUUAUGUAAAGAAUUUAGCUAAACAUGUUCAAGAAAAGGACCUUAAAUUUAUUUUUGGGAGAUAUGUUGACUUUUCAUCAGAAACACAACGGAUAAUGUUUGAUAUACGCCUGAUGAAAGAAGGUCGCAUGAAAGGACAAGCUUUCAUUGGACUUCCAAAUGAAAAAGCAGCAGCAAAAGCCUUAAAGGAAGCUAACGGAUAUGUUCUUUUUGGGAAACCUAUGGUGGUUCAAUUUGCUCGAUCUGCUAGACCAAAACAAGAUUCUAAAGAAGGAAAAAGAAAGUGUUAAAAAUUAAUAAAGAAGCAUUCCUGCGUAAAUACUGCUGUAAUACUGUCAUACAAAGUGUAUCCUUUCUUGUCGUAUCCUUUUUGGGGCAAUGUUUUUUGUUUUUCCUAGAAAUGUUUUGUCCCUCCCCCACCCAUUGAUCCAGAUUAAGCAAUAAUUUUUUACAAUUUUUUCAAAUGAAAUAUUUUUAAAAUUAUCUGUGUUGAUUGAACAAAUAUGUGUUUUUUAAGAUUAGUUGCUGAAUUUUCUAUGCUGUCGUUGAGGUUAUGUACAUUUUCCAGGGAAAGUUAGUGAAUCAGGUCAACUUACUAAAUUGGAAAAUAUAUGCAUUUGCUUUAACACAGAAUUUAAUCUUAUUUUUUCUAUUUAUGUAUUUUCUAAACCUAAUUCAGUAACAUAUGAUUUCUCUUUUAUGAUUUAUCUGAUUAGGUUAUGUUAUAUAACAUGUUGUAAAAUUUGAUUGGGGAAAGAUUCUUUCUUUUAAAAAGUACAUAUAUUUAAAAUUUAAAUAACUGGUUUUCUGUGUAAAUUUCAUGUUAAGAGUAAGCAGACCUUACAUCUGAGGUCUUAUUAUUGAAAUCCACUUUGAGGUAGAUAGCAAGUAGAAAUAUCUUUUUUCAUCUUUCUUUUUCUAAACAAAGGGAAUAAGAAAAGA